CUAAAAAUGAAAACACCUUUGAGUUGAAUAAAUCCAAAUUCAGUUUUGUUUUGUAUUUACCGUUGAUAGUGAUGAAAUGAUGAACAAUCGCUUCGCCAUCUGAACGAGAAAUCCAACCCGCGAAGAAUCCAAAGUUUCAUUAAACGCAUGCCUUGUGACCAACUUUCACCUUUCAUCACUCUUUUGAAUGCCUUUUCUUGAAUCCUUUUGUUUCAUAUAGCCUAUAACCAUUACCCUUUAUCCAUUUACCUCACAAAAACUUUUCCUUUCUUGAAUUUUCGAUUUUUUUGAAUAGUGUUGCUGAAACUACUUAAAAGGUUAGCUUGAAAUAAAAAAUGGCACAAUCUCAGGGACCGGAUCCGCACAAGAAUGAAGUUAUCCGUUUAGAGCGUGAAUCUGUCAUUCCAAUUCUCAAGCCUAGACUCAUCAUGACCUUGGCAAAUCUUAUUGAACAUAGUUCCGACCGGGCGGAGUUUUUGAAGCUCUCGAAGAGGGUAGAGUACACAAUUCGAGCUUGGUACCUUCUACAAUUUGAGGAUUUGAUGCAACUCUACUCCCUCUUUGAUCCUGUGCACGGGGCACAGAAGUUGGAACAACAGAAGCUAGCUUCUGAAGAAAUUGAUGUACUUGAACAGAAUUUCUUGACAUACCUAUUUCAGGUAUUGGAAAAAAGCAACUUCAAGAUAGUGACUGAUGAGGAGAUUGAGGUUGCACAUUCAGGCCAGUAUCUUCUAAAUCUUCCCAUCACUGUUGAUGAAGCUAAGCUUGACAAGACACUCUUGAAGAAAUAUUUUGCAGAGCAUCAUUGUGAUAACCUUCCAGAUUUCUCUGAUAAGUAUGUUAUCUUUCGGCGAGGCAUUGGAAUUGACCGAACAACCGAUUAUUUUGUCAUGGAGAAAGUGGACAUGCUCAUUGGAAGAUUUUGGGCUUAUCUGUUAAGAAUAACUAAGUUGGAAAAGGUUUUGUCAAGAAGGGCAAAAAGGUUUAGUAAGAAGGAUUCAGAUGGCAAUGAAAUUGUCCGUGAAGCAAACGGCGAUGACUUUUAUGUGGAACGGAUACGUCUUGAAAAUAUGCAACUAAGCUCCCGUAAUUUACUUGGCCAGACCUUGAUCCAAGAACCGACUUUUGAUAGGAUAAUUGUUGUAUACAGGAGAGCCAGUACCAAAUCUAAAGCAGAACGAGGAAUAUUUGUGAAGCAUUUUAAAAACAUUCCAAUGGCUGACAUGGAAAUAGUUCUUCCAGAAAAGAAAAACCCCGGAUUAACUCCAAUGGAUUGGGUCAAGUUUCUUGCAUCAGCAAUAGUUGGACUGGUUGCUGUAUUUAGUUCACUCGAAAUGCCUUCGGCUGAUUGGUGGGUCAUAUUUGCCGUUCUUUCCACAGUAAUUGGUUACAUUGUUAAGACAUAUUUCACGUUCCAACAAAACUUGGCUCAAUACCAAAAUUUGAUUACACAGUCAAUGUACGACAAACAACUCGACAGCGGAAAGGGUACACUUCUCCAUUUGUGUGACGACGUCAUUCAACAAGAAGUCAAAGAGGUGAUACUUUCAUUCUUCAUUCUAAUGGAACAGGGUAAAGCUACAAGACAGGAUCUUGAUCACUGGUGUGAGGAACUAAUCAAAGAGGAGUUUGGGGAGGAAUGUAAUUUUGAUGUGGAUGAUGCGGUUGGGAAAUUAGAGAAGUUGGGUAUUGUCAAUCGGGAUUCUAUUGGUCGAUAUCAAUGUGUUGGACUAAAACGGGCUAAUGAGAUCAUUGGCACCACCACUGAAGAGCUUGUGCUCAAGGCGAGACAGGGAAACAUGACUACUUAAUGGUGUUUAGCAGUCUUAUGUACAUGCUAGUGUUGGUUAAUAAUGAUAAUCUUGAUUUUCUUUAAGAAAGGCUAGAUUGAUGUCUCGUCUCUUGAAUGGAAGAAGUUGGUUACAUUUCUGCUUUUAUCUUCGGGUAUAAUUGGUUUCACUUUCCGUAGGGUAAAUUGAUUCCAAAAGCGUAGAAUUAAUUGUCACUUGUUUUUUUUUUCAGUAGAGUUGAUUUUGUUUUCAAAAUUAAUUCUUACUUGAAAUUAGAAUUUAGAACUUUUGUAUGUAUAAUUGAUUUUUGGCCUUAAAUCUAUCGUUUAAUUUACUUUUACA